AGGACUUCAGGGCUUCACAGCCAGAAAGCUGCAGGCUUCAGUAGCAACAGAUGUGAGUGGCCUCCACUGACGUUUUUGGAGAAUUUGCCCGGUCCUUCUACCGACAAGCCUAUGACAGAGAACAAGCAGAGAGUGCUUUGGAGAAGGAACUUCUGCAAAAGUUUUACCCUUGGAUUUCCUGGUGGACCUCUGGAAGAACAUCCUAGAAUAGAUGGAGCCACCUGCCAACAGCUGUAUGAGAAACUCUCACUCUGGUAGCACCACGUUCUGGGAAUGCCUGCGGAAUCACCACCCGGAGGCCGGGACGGCCUCUGGGCCACACCACUACCCCCAAGCCCCCUUUGCCUUCCACCCCAAAUCAGACUUUGGUGCUUAUGUGGACUUUUCCACCUCCUGCCUGGCUGCUGCCCCCCAAAGCCUUCCCCGGGACGAGCGUGCGUUUGAUGAGCAUCAUCCCUCUUUCCAGCAUCCCGCCUGGCAUUUCACCACCUCUGAGGGCAGGCGGUGGCUCCCUGCUGAAUUGGCACUGGGCUCGGGAGAACCGGAGAAUGGCAGUCCGCGCUUGGUGGAUUCAGCUGUGGGUACAAGCGAAGAUUAUGACCUGGUGAGGAAUAGUCCGAGGGAAGCGGAGAAAAAAUCUUGCAGAAGGAAAAAAGGCCACACAGAAAGUCAGAAUACAGGCAGUAGUGGGAGCACCACAAAAGCAGAGGCCAACAGCUCCAAAGCACGGAAAGAGCGCACGGCUUUUACCAAGGAACAGCUGCGGGAGCUGGAGGCAGAGUUCGCACACCACAACUACCUGACGAGGCUGCGGAGAUAUGAGAUCGCAGUGAACCUGGACCUGACUGAAAGACAGGUCAAAGUGUGGUUUCAAAACCGCCGGAUGAAAUGGAAGCGUGUGAAGGGUGGGCAGCCGGUGUCACCCCAGGAUCACAACACAGAGGAUGCGGACUCUGCUGCUUCUCCAAGCUCAGAAUAGCCCCUUCUGGGAGGGCUUGGGAAGUCUGGUGCAGAACAGCUGUGGGUCAGAUUUUCGCCCAGAGCAUCUUCACUUAGGACAAAGCAUACUCAGCAGCAGCAACUGAGGCCCUUUGCCCUCACUGCCCAGAUGUUUCUCCUCCUCAGACUUUGCAAUGGGAUGUUGACUAAAGAGGGUGGAAGGAGCAGCCUGGAGAAAGGCCAGAGCUUCCUUUUCCAUGUGAAGCC